ACUUGCCCCGUGAAGACACGAGUGGGCCACGAACGCUGCCAUUCUUAUUCGUCACCACUCGCAUCUUUCCGUAACUUACGAAAAGGCUUGUCCCGGAAUGGCUCGAGUUGUUCACGAAUGGAAUGCGCAUGUCGCAAAUAAAAGAGUUUUCUCGAAGACACAAGUGAUCACGAACGGUAUUGAAUUCAACCAGUCAGGAUACAACGCUUACAGGCAGUGAAGUAAAAACUUGCGAUGUAUUCAAAUUGUGUGGUCAGGUGCCUGCAUCCAAGAUUGAGAUUACGCAAGACGCCACUCUUUUCCUGAGUCUGAUGAUAUGUCGUUUGGAAAGAGAAAGAAAACGUUUUAGUAAAGUAAUUCGUCAUGAGCAAGAAGCACCCGUAAAAUAUACACUACUGAGAUUUUGAAGGUCAAAACAUCAACGUGUGUGUAUGGACUUAGACAAGGUUGAGCGUCUACGGGACCGGCUACUGAUGUGCCCGAUCUGUAUGGAUGAGUACAAAGAUCCGAGACUUCUUCCCUGCCACCACACAGUCUGCCUGGACUGCAUCCACAACAUCCUCCAGGCCAGCUCCAUCACUGGACGCAUGUUCAGGUGCCCACAGUGCAGGAGAGAUGUGUGUGUUCCCCGCGGAGGCAUCCACGAGUUCCCCCUCAACUUCUACAUCAUCAGUCUGCAGGAUGAGCUCGGCACGAAGACGUACCACGACACGUGUGACAUGUGCAAGAGGGACUGGCUCAUUUCCCAAUUCAGGUGUGUGGACUGUGACAUGGUGAUAUGCAAGUUCUGCAUCCACGAACAUAGACUCUUCCAGCACGAUGCUUCCCGACAGUACAACAUCAUGAGAAUUGAGAUAACCCCAGCCGAUGUCCACCUGUCCUCGACAAGAUCCUGCCCCAAACACUUGGAAGAAAUUUUGCAAUUGUAUUGCUGUACUUGCGACAAACCGGUGUGUAUUACAUGUAUUUGUGAGGAUCAUAAACGACACGAGACUGUUCCCAUGGCAACAAAGCUGUCAGCAUCCAGAUUAGCUCUUCAGGAAGAGUUGGACCGGCUAGCUUCGGAGAAGAGACACAUUCAACAGACGCUGGGUCAGGUCCAAGCGACGUCGGACUCGGUGUCAAAGUGGGCAGAUGGCGCCAGGAAGGAGGUUCAGGAUCGGGGCAAGGAUCUGCAUGGCAGGAUAGACAAGAUGGUCAUGGAGCACAUCAGUGUUGUCGGAGAAGGAGAGAGGAGGACGCUUCACGAACUCGGCACAUACAGCAAGGACCUGAGGAAGUAUUCGGAGGAGGCGGACAAGGGCCUGCGGUUCCUGCAAGACCUGCAGGAGGGGGACAUGUGUCUGGAACUCUUGGACUGCUAUGAUAAAUACAGGAAUUCUUUGGAAGAACAGAAGAUCAAAUCGUCCAACAAAGCCGUUGAGCUGAAGAAAUUCACCUUGUCAGAGGGCUGGGACUUGCAGUUUCAACAGUAUUAUGCCGGCAGUGUUGGCAAGCUGGCUUGUUAUUCUUCCCGCCAAAAGUUCCUGACAAAAAAGGGUUUGCUUGACAACUACUCAGUGAAGGAGUUUCUGUUCCGUCUGCUCACACCGGGGAAAAUUGCUUUGUUGCUUGUUGUGAUUUCAAUGUUGUUUACGAUUGGUCAGCUUAUUCAUGCCUACAUUUCUGAUCCGAACAAUGCUCAAGAAGUAGGCGUGGGUCUCUUCUUUUGUGUUUAUUUAUUUCUAGCAUCGUAUUUUGCGUAUAGGAAAUCAUAACAAUCGUGACAAUCCCAGUGCCAAAAUGCAUUGUCUUUUCAGAGACAGAUUUGUCCUGGAUAGAUGAUGAUGAUGAUUAUGAUGAUGAUGAUGAUGAUGCCAAAAUGCAUUGUUUUGUCAGUGACAGAUUUGUCCUGGAUAGAUGAUGAUGAUGAUGAUGAUAAGACUGGGGUUUAAUGGGUACAAUGUGUGAAGCCCUUGCUGGGUGUCUCGCCGCUGUGAUAUAGAUAUAGAUAUACAACACAUAAUUCUUGCAAACUUCCUGCAGAUUUUUGAAAUUUGUAUGUUAGUGCUGCAAACUACAGACUGGAUCUGAUACUUUUUAUUGUAAUUAUAAUAAAAAUCUGACACUGCAAUGAGACAAUUAGGCCGACUUUAGUUUUGAUUUUUUUAAUGCAUUCCGAACACAUUAAUGAAAAUAAUUAAAAAGUUCGACAAAAUUAACAAACUAGUCUAACUGUGGUCAUGGUACAGUUUCUUCACAUGAAUGGAAUCUGUCUUGCUUCGCAGUUAUGAUUGACAUGAUAGCAUGGUCACUAAUACACAGUUCUGGAUGGUGCGGAAUGGGUGACACAAGGUCCUGACUGGAUGAGGCAUGAUGGGAACUGAUCUGGCCCACUGAGUUGCGUCGACAGAUGUGUGUUGAAAUAAUUGACAAGAUUUAUUUCAUUAAAGACACUUAUAAUUUGUACUUACAACUGUAAUAGAUAUAGAUGGCUAAAAUGUAUGAAAAAGGCAUGAAAAAAAGCAGAUUUUUUUGUCCGUGAUCCAAAACGAAAUUUUCCAAAAUGACUGUACUGUUCUUAUGUACACAUAUUUAGGCCACUCUAUUCUUUGCUUGCUUUACAGAUUUUUUACAGGAAAAUACUUGUGGGUAUGUGGGGAAAAAAGGCAAUUCAGUUUUUGUUUGUUUAGUUUUCUGCUGCAUUUCUGUAGUGAGUGAGUGAGUUGGGUUUAACGCUGCUGUUAACAGUAUUCCAGUUAUAUCACGGCGUGUCAGCUUAAUGUGGGAGGAA